AGAUGUUGAAGUUCUGAUAAUGGCUGUAAAGGAACUGUCGGUGUUUAUGGUGUGUUUUUGGAUUGUCUGUGCUGAUGCUGGACAUGAGUUCUUCUCAUCAACAGAUCAAAUUGCACAACUUUAUGGGAAUACGAAAGACCUUCUGAAGGUCUUCAGUCAGUGUGUUGAUGCUGAGAAUGUAGAGACAACGAAGAGUGUUCUUCCGAAUCAUCUUCUUUCAUACUCUGACUCUGAGAACCCAGAGGAAGCUGUGAGAGACCCUGUGGCAGCUUACAGACUCCUGAGACAAAUGAGAAAUGAUUUUAUGUAUAUUGUAAAACGUAUUCAGCUGAAUCUUACUCGGUGUGAAGAGUAUCAGAAUGAGUUGGACCCAAUGAUCCCACAGCUGGAGGACUUGGAUGGUGCAGCUUCAGGACUGAUCAAACUGCAAGAGAUCUACAAACUCCACCCAGAAGACAUCACAAAGGAAACGUCUCUAAAUGCAGAUGAGGCUUUCAAUGUAGGGUUGGUCGCUUAUGACGAGGACAAAUUCCAGCAUGCCUUCCUCUGGUUUCUGUACAGUCUGGACAGAUUAACAGAAAACUCAACCACUACUGAGGAAGAAUUGCUCCGUUUCCUUAGUUCCUCAGUCUAUCAUUUUGGCAGCCUGUCUGUGGCAAUCUACUUCAGCCAACGGCUUCUAAAUCUGGAUCCGAGUAAUGAUGAAGCCAGAGUUCAGCUGAACAGACUUCUUCACUUACAGAGCAACCCUGACAUAUUUCCACUGAACACCGAGUCAAGUAACUAUGAGGCUCUGUGCAGAGGAGAGGUUGACGAGAGGAUCUCCAAGAGGCAGAGAGCGCUGUCCUGUAGGUACAGCACAGGUGGAGGAAACCCCAGACUGAUGUACGCACCAGUGAAAGAGGAAGUGGAGUGGGACGAGCCUCGCAUCAUCAGAUAUCAUGACAUUAUAUCAGACAGAGAGAUGGAGAUCCUGAAGAAUAUCUCCAGACCUCAACUUUCUAGAUCAGAAGUUUAUCGCUCUGGAAUCACAAAACCCUUAAAACUACGUGUUUCUCAAAGUGUUUUUCUAAGCGAUGACCCUGUGGAAGCUGGUGUCAGUCAGAGGAUUGCAGAUGUUACGGGACUCUCCAUGGAAUCCGCUGAAUCACUGCUUGUUCAGAAUUAUGGGGUUGGUGGUGCAUUUGAACAGCAUAUUGAUGCAUUGGAGAUAGAGAAUGACAGGAUUUGUACAUUCCUAAUUUAUUUGAGUGAUGUGGAGAUGGGGGGCGCCACUGUCUUCCCUAAAGUUGGAGUUGCAGUGCAUCCGAAAAAGGGUUCAGCCAUGCUUUGGUACAAUCUCCACAGAAAUGGUGAAGUGAAUUGGAAUACGGAGCACGCUGGAUGCCCUGUGUUAAUGGGUAACAAAUGGGUGGCUAACAAAUGGAUCCAUGAGUUUGGACAGGAAUUCAGGAGCCCCUGUUCUUUGUCAGACUGGGAAUGAAAGACUCUACAAGGCUUGAAAUCAUAAGAUAUUUGUAUCUGUAAAUAUGCUUUAACAUACCUACAGAGAAAGUUG